GCUGGCAUAAACUUCCGGAAGGAUUUCUAUUGGCUGUAGGCGAAGUGAGGGUGAAAUUGAAAUAAACCUCCACAGACGCCUUACUUGGGGCUCAUUCCUCACUUAUUAGCUGCUGUUUUUCGCUUCGGCAUCAAAAAUACUCGAUCAUCUAUGUUAUGGGGGACCACACAAAGAUCCAUAUCACUCCAGGUAGACCAUCGGUACGAAACCCCUUCGAGAGUCCCAAUGACUACCGCCACUUGCGGGAACCCUUGGUGCCGAGUCCUUCCGCGUUCAAGUCCAAGAUCUGUAAAGCUACUCCCCCCAAGUUUAACUGGUCUAUUGAAGAAAUGGCCAGUCUACUCCCAGUGGACAUAGACCAAGAAGAAAUCCAGAGACAAUCAUUUUUCCUCAGUCAGACAAGGGCAGACUCCGACACAGAAGAAAAGCGCCAGACUGCCAUAGAACAGUUUUUCACCAAAGAAGCCAUCGUGCCCUCCCCGUGGGCGGUCUCAGACACCCGGAAAGCCUUUCUUCACGUGUAUAAAAAAAGCCCUCUGUCGCCGGCAAUCGCUGAGGAGCCAGAAAAACACUCAGUUUCCUGUCAGACCAGCCUCUCGUUACCUGUGGCCUUUGAUUUGGAGAAGCUUCUCGGGGAGUAUUGCCGUAACGAGGAAGUCAUGUGCGAUGCGGUCCAGGAGAGCCUGAGCUCCUCCUCUUUAAGACGUAAGCUCUUCCUGGAUGGCAGAGGUGCUUCCAGCGGCUCCGAGAACUCCAGUCCGCCGACCCCAGAUAGAGGUCUGAUGCAAGAUGAGGACGCUAUACACGACGUUGAGGGGGCUACUUCAUCCGCCUUUUCCUCCCCUUUGUCUUGCGCUAUGACAGCCCCCACUCUUCCUACGGGUCAGUUCUCCUCCAGUCCCAUCCAGCAGGGCCGCUUCCGGGACUGCAGCCUCGGCAGCAUCGCCAGCCCUCUCUUCCCGGAUAGGUCGUCACCCGCUGGCACGGGGUCUCACAGUUUUUCGCCUAUUCUUGCGAAUGCAGCACGCACGCCCACAGGCUCAGUUUCCUCAGUCGAGUGGAAGCAAGUGUGCAGUUUAACUCCCUGCGGCGUCCCCGUGGACAUGGACCCCCCCUCCUGCGCCAAGAGUCCGUACGUGGAGGGCUGCUCUCCCAUUCGCAGCUGUUCUCCACACCAUCUCCGCUCUGACCCCCAGCAACAACGUACCAGAUCCAAGCCCAGGACCAGUUUCCGUUGCUGGGCCUCCCCUCCUCUCAUCUCGCCCAUCUUCAACCUCCGGCUACCCGACAAUGAUGAAGGAGAGGACCUAACGCACUCAUCGUCACCAUCAUCUAUUCUUUCCAUCGAUCUGGAUCAAUCCUCUUCUCUGAAUCUGAACCAUCAUUCUCAAGGGAGGUCCAGUUUGGGAUUUAUAGAGCCUGUCAAAACACAGGAAAUGAGAAUGGAGAGAAAACAGGAAGAGGACGAAGAGACGGACAACGGCGCCGUUUCAGGACAGCUGACAAGUUCUCGAAUGGGCAACGUGUCCGCCACAGAAAGCUCUCAGAUGUUUGUGUCGCUUCUGGCGGACGGAAGCAGCAUACGUUACGAUUCCAGCAUGCAGGUGGACAGCGGAUACAACACUACCUCAGCAGGCGCCGGAAGCCUCAUCGACGGACUCGGUUCGGACUCUGCUCACGGGAAAGAAUCCUUCAACUCCAACCUUCCAGAAGAUGCCGUCCAUCUCACUAGAACCUCGAAAAUAAAGGCAUGGAAUCCUCAUCACUGAACUGUCUAACCCACAGGAAGGAACACCACAACUUGCAGCUUUUAUUAUUAUUAUUUUUUUUUUUUUAACAACAGUUGUCUACACUGGUAGGAGUGUUUUAUUAGGGCAUUAAAUUAGCUUCCAUGCGUGGUUAUCACGGCAUCAAUAGAGAAGUUCAAUGUUAUUUUUGCUGUAUCCACCAUGUCGGUGAUGGCACUUCAAGGGAUAAUCACUUUCAAGUUUUUUUUUUGCGAUUUGAUUUGGUGCAGACACAAUCAUGCUUGUACUGUAUGUUUUUAGCAAACUAUAUGGAUUUUUAUGUAUUUAACACUUUUUUUUUCAUUUGACUGUCAAUGAGAACUGUGAACAUUCAGGUGUCUUGAACAUUUUAAAUUUUUUUUCCCUCACUCGAAAUAAGAAUACCACUGAUGACCGUUGCUGGAUUAUUUAAAUGGACACUAUUGCUUUUUACCUGAUUAAUAACAUGUUUUUUUUUCACUUCAGUAAUAUAGUUCAUGUUAUUAUUUUUUGUUUCCUGAUACUUGAAUAUACUCCGUAUUGUGUCGAUUCAACAUACUGUAACGUAUGUAGAAAACAAUAUCAAGGAUCCACAAGGCUAUAGCAGUCAUUUUACUUGUCAUAAAAAGUGAUGAAUUAAAAGUCAAAAUACAAUAGCAGCUUGCGGGCACACAUGCGGCCCACAGAACGUCUUAAUUCUGUCCACCGGGCGUUUCUAAAUGCUUCAAACGCACAGGAAAUAGUCAAAAAAAGCAACUUG